AGGGUAUUGGUAGGUUAGACACAUGUAAAAGAGGAAUACUUUACGUUCUAUAGCUUUUGUUACUUUAAAAAUAUCUUAUAGAAUUCGUUGUUACAGUAACUUAGAUACUGACAACAGAUUUCCAGAGAUUGGUGAAGAUGUUUUAUGUAAGGGGAGGCUAGGAAGUCGGUGAUUGUGACUCUAUUUUACGACUACCACAGCUAGAACUAAUUGUCCCAGGUUUACUGUCGUCUGCUCACUAUAACAAGGCAUGUAAUUCACGUAGUUCAAACACUAUUAAACUUGUAAUUAAAUAGGUCAGGUUGCCUUUAAAGUUUACAUUUGCUAAUUGUCGGUCGGUAUCAUGAACGGCGUUGAUAGACAUGACGUUAAUUUUUUUUUUGUCAUAAAAUGACGCAUGUUUCUUUCGCGGCAGUGAAAAUAUCUGAUUGUAUCAGUUCCAUGACUAUAUUUGUACGUGUGCAGUCGCCAGACCCUGAGAAGGUGUCAAGAAUAUUUCACCCGAGAUCAACUUUUGGAGCGAUUUCUUUAUAAACCUUAGUAUCUAUUCUACACUGUAUAAGGUCACGGGCCAUGAACUCACCAGAGUUCUAGUCUAACCUACAUCAAUGCAUAUACCUGGUGAUGUUUUUUUUUAGUUUCCAACAUUUGCUUUAAUGGAUUACACGGUCUGAUUCAUCUAAGUCCUGAUCAAGAUCAUUCUAUUAGAUAAUGCUCUUCAAGGCAAGGUGUUUCACAAUCUUUGUAUCGAUUUAUUUCAUGGGUCCAAGUCUUCAAUUAUUUUGGUUUCUGUUUAAUUUGAGACCUGAUAGGAUUGUGACAUUUCCAAAUUGAGGCUUUAGUUUCAAUUGAGACUUCACCGAGAUUGAGACUUAGAUCUAGAAUUCUAGAUUGAAGACUCAUAAUUGAUGCCUCUCAUGAUAUGAGAUUAUUCUAUAUAUUUCGGUCUGGUUUGAGGGCUCUAAAUACCUAUAUAUUCUAUGACACUUCUGACUGGAUUAAGACUUUAGAUUGGAUUUCGAUUAUUGCCUGAUAUGUAACUUCUGUCUGGCUAAAGUGUUGUCUGGUGUUGAAUUACUGUAUGAAGUGAGGGUCUAUCUGGAUUGAACUAAAAUGAAAGGAAGUCGAAUAAAUAUUCACCAUGCUUGAACUGACCAGUUCAUUACACACCUGGAUUAUUUUACACAUAUGCAUGCUUACUGGUAAUUUUUCAGACAUUUAUACCAAUGUGUAUCAGUUAUCUCGUAUUUCAAACUCUUUUGCUCACAAUGUUUCGCAAUGGACCUCGCUGGUAAGACUGACAAUACACACAUACACCAUUCUAAACUUUCACGUAGACAUGGACAAGACGACAUUGAAAUCUGGAUGCAACAUAGUCUUCGUCGUGUACCAAGAGGAAACCCAGCAUGCACUGCAGCUUCUCGAACAGGAGCUGACGUCACAAAACACUCAGCUCAUGCUCAUCACCUGCAAACUACCGCCAAGUUUCACAAACGAUGACGUGGCACAACAAUUAUCAGAAAUGAGCAGCUCCUGGAACAUAGAGGUGGUGCUCGUCCUGAGCGACACGUCAGUGCUGGUCACCAAAAUUUUAACGACAGUCGCCAAAGAAACAAGAUUUAAGUGGACAUCGCUGAAACACACCACAGAGUGGAUAGUGGUCAGUCGUUACGAAUCCUUAAUGGACAGUCUUCGAGAGGAGCCUGCAGAUGGCAUAGACUUCAUGACUUUGAUCUACGAGUCAAAGUCAGAUCAUAUGACUGUCGUUCAGAAGUCUAGAAGACAAGACUUUCAUGAGGUGCUUGUCGUUGAUCCAGAAGAUGUUAGGUGCAUCGAUGUCUUUGUGUCUCGUUUGAAAGACGCAUUCAAAAAAUCCUCGGAUUCCGAAAUGGAUGCAUGUUGUCAGAUGGACUACUUUGGUCAACUGAGGAAAUCAGCUCUUCACUUUCUGAAAAGCCAAAAAUCUUCAUUAGAGGGUCUUGUGCUGCCGGUGGCUGUGAUUCCAACGAUUGAAGACAAAUUCUAUACUUAUGUUAUCAAAGAAAACCGGACAGUGUACGAUGGAUACAGCAUAGCCUUGCUGGACACACUAGCCAACUCCAUGGGCUUCACCUACACGUUGGUCGCCGUGGACGACGGAAGUUACUAUGGUGACGUGAUGGACAACGGAGAUGUCUUCGGAAUCACAGGUCAACUGGCCAGAAGAGAAGCAGCACUGACCACUCUGCCACUGAGUAUAACUGAAACAAGACGUACAAAGAUAGAGUACAUCCUAACACCAACAGUGGUAGAGAAUAUCAACAUUAUAUACAGGAUUCCAACUCAAAAAGACCAUUUGGACCUGACCUACUUAGACAUCAUUCAGCCCGAGUUCUUUCUGUACCUGAUCGGUCCAAUCAUUGUUGUCGGGGUCAUUGGGGCAGUCAUUCACGUCUUGACCAACUCAUGUUACAGCCCAGGGCCCGAAGAAUUCAAGAAAGACAACUUGAGGUUACUGGCAUCAUUUCCAGACCACAUUUGUUUCCACACAGAGAGGACCUACAGAGUCCAGUCUGGCCUCAUUCUUCGCACAUCGUGGGCCCUCUUCUGGUUCAUCAUAAGCUCCGCCUACUCAGCGUAUCUCGUGACCACAUUUACUGUCAAACCCCCUGAACUUGCGUUUAAAACUUUUAAACAGCUGAUGGAGCACCCGGAGUUUAGCUUGGGCAUGAACCGACAUGACACGGCACUGCAGACAUUUCUCAGGCUAUCUCAGGACAACGUCCUCCACCAAGUCUGGAUGAAGCUGCUGCAGCAAAACAAAACCGACUCUUCCACGUUCAGCCCAGAUUCUAACCAUCAUUCUAAUCGUGUCUUGAAAGGUGGUUACGCUUUGAUCGCCCAGUCAGCUUUAAACAUGUUUCCAGAUUACCCGGAUGUAAGGACGUACCCACAACGAGGCUUUGAGUCCAUUAACCACGCCUACAUCGGCAUUCCUCAAAAUACUUUCUAUUUCAUGGAUCUUUCCAACGUUCUUCGCUCUCUUGAAGAGUCCGGCAUUCUGGACAAACUGAAGAGCACCUACCUGUCUACACAAACGAGCAAUGCCCCAAGCAGCAAGGUGAGCUCCAACGAUAGCGUCACUUUGUUCAGAAUUCAGCUUCCUGUGUACUUUGCACUGUGUGGUAUGGCGCUUGGUCUCCUGUCACUUGCCACAGAACUAAUACUUUAUAAACUACUCCACAGGACCUACAAUGUCAGUCAAUCCAUGAAAGCUGUAGAUAUUUGAAUACUAUAUAUGAAACAAUAUUAAAAGUCCUUCAUUUCAUCCGCAGAUUUUUGAAACAUAUAUUAUCAGAUACGAAUUGGUUACUCGUCAUCAUCAUUAUCAGUCUCUUGAUUUUCGAGAUCUAGUGACGGCUCGAGUAAUCAAAUCCUUCCACUCUUCUAUGACAACAGCUGUUCUUAGCAGGACAUUAAGAGAGAGAAAGAGAGAGAGAGAGAGAAAGGGAGAGAGAGAGAGAGUCCAAUUCAUUCUUUGAGCUUAUCACAAAGCCAGAUCUUCUUUGAACGACUCUCUAAGCGUGCUCCCUCUACUAUAUCUUGAAAGGGUAGUUUUACAAAGCUUAUAUUAACUCUGUCUGUCGGUAUGGUCAAAAGUUGGUACACGUUAUUUCUCCCACACCUAAUCUCGGAUUAAGCCGAAAUUUUGCACAAUUAUUUCUUUUAAUUGAUAAAGCAAGAAUCAAUAAAAAAAAAGAAAUAUUACUAAUUAGUUGAGUAACUAUUAGUAAUUAAUUAUUAUGUUUGGGAACUUAAACAAGGGAAAGAGAUCAUAUUUGACAGAUCUGGUGGUAUAAGUUGAAUUAGUACCCUUGAGGACUCUUUGAGUUCAUUUUUUUUCCAUUUUUUUAAAUGCAUUUAUAAAAACGAUCAUGUACUCAUUCACCAAGAUACCCCCUUCUUCCCUCCCCCUUUCACAACUGGUCCAGAGAAGUGUUAGAAUAAUAGUGCAUUGAGAAAGUUAAAAACUAAACAAAAACAUUAAAACAAAACAAGGUAACUAAGACUGUGUGGUAACACAAACUGAAAAUCGGCCCCCGAACAGCAUAGUACACCAUUAGUAAUGGCAUUACCCGGUAACAAAAGGCCUACUAUUCAUGAUCAUAACAAUAACAUUUGCCUAGGUCUAGUAACUUCAAGUUUAAACGAGUAAAUUCAUAAUAGUUCUAGUCUAGAUAUAGUGGAUUCGAUAUCAAGAUUCUAGAUCUAGAUCUAGAAUUAGAUCUACACUUAGAUAUAGAUAUAGGCUUAGAUCUAAUUCUAGACUAGACUUAGAUCUUGAAUUUCUAGAUUUAGAUCUAAAACUAGGUCAAGAUCUUAUCUGGAUCUAUAUAUGCCUAGUUUGUAUGACAAAUGACAAUGAAAAUCUUAAUUUUUAUUUUGCGAGGGGAAUGUCUGCUCCUGGUGGACCUACUCCAAGUCUUUCAAGUCAUUUCUAUCUAUCUCACUACCGAACUAAGAUAAGUCUAGA